AUGUCGAGCCGCGAGUUGGACGCGGAUAACAUGGUGUCUAUGCCAAAGGAUCUGUUUUGGUUUCUUGCUGCCAUGUACGUAACAGAUGAAGUCACCGUCUCAUUCUCAAGAAGCUUUUGCUGACCUCUGCACCCCUCUUCAGUGUCAUCUUGGCAGCGUUGUUCGGCACUCUUGGCGGCGUGGUCUGGCUGUACCGGUGCAAGUGGCGAACCUCUACUGAAACCGUGGUGGUCGACGUGGAGCUCGGUGCAAUGCAACCAAAAGACCAACAAGCGAGCGAGGCGUCGCGCAAUCGCGAAAGAGAGCUUCUCGCUCGGAUCGCGGACCUCGAGAGCAAGAGCGCGAGCAAAGACCUACGCCAUGAGUAG